GUGUUCCCUUGGUGACUCGGCUGUACAAUACACAGUAUAUCUGGUGUGUCUCAGUUCGUCGGCUGCGAGUACCACCACCAGAAGGGUCGUCAUGUGUGCUCGUCUUCUACUCACUCUCUUCCUGGCCGUGUCCUGCCAUGGCAACAAGUUAAGCCUUCAUGACAGAGUUGCCACAGAGGUUGCCUGUCCAAAUGCCGAAGAUAUCUCACCCUGUACUUGUAUGUUGUAUGACAAUGAAUACAUCGACGUUGACUGUUCUCUUGUAAAAGAUGAAGAAGAGCUCAGACACGUGUUCGAGGCCAGCUUCCCCACCACAGCGAUCCGUACAUUCUUCAUGUACCACAACCAAAACGUGCAACAACUACGUAAUGGAGUAUUUGGGGACGCGACCUUCGUGAACCUCGUCAUGGAAAACAACGCGCUGGAGAUGGUAGAGGAGGAGGUGUUCACGAAGAGCCUCGAUGUCUCAAUCCACAGCAGCUUCAAGAGAAACAAACUCAGUGAUAUACCCCUCGACACCUUGCCCUUGUACACCUCCCUGGAAUAUAUCGACCUGUCCGAAAAUUUGCUGGCAGGGAGCCCGGCGCUGUCGUCUCCCACCAUAAGACAUUUAGACCUCCACGGUAAUGCCCUGGGUGACCUCCCUGUCGACACCCUUAUCGGCAUCCCUAAGCUGACGCACUUCUUCGCUUCCAACUUAGAGCUGACGGAUAUCCACCCAGGGUUGUUCGAGGGGUUGGUGGACCUGCAGGAGGUGAGUCUCCACCACAACAACGUGUGGAUGAUAGAGGCAGACACCUUCUCCACCUCCGGCCACAACCUGCAGUACGUCGACCUACACCACAACUCCAUCACCACCGUCGCUGCCAAUGCCUUCCCUGACAUGGACAAGGGAAGCAGCGUUGACCUCGGCAGCAACAACAUAACCUUAGUGGAGGAAGGAGUAUGGCGACCCUUGUUGGAGGGCCAUGUGAGGGUCUUCCUUCAGGGUAACCCCCUGGAGUGCGGCUGCGACCUGGCCUGGGUGGUGCGGAACAGUACAUUACUAGAACAGCUGCCUCACGCCUAUUGCAACGACGGUACACCUCUCGACUUCCUCAAACCUGAAGACUUCGACCAAUGUUAACCUUCAGUAGGAGCCAGAGAAAUACAAAAGGGGGAAACACACCUGCUUACAGUACACCAUACAAGAAAUACUCAACCCGCUGGUGCAUGGAACUAACCCUACCAGCGGAACACAUAUGAUGCUGCCCUGAUUUGUCGAACCCAUCUUCCCAAUUCUUCCUUGUAUGGACUUUCCAACUUAUUAGACAACAUAUAAAGUUAAAACACAUUUAUAAUUUAUGCUAUGAUUAACUAUCCACACUAUACACUCCAGUGAAGCGUAACUUUAAACCUCAAUCACAGUAGUUGAUCCAGGGUACUCAGAGCUUCCCUGGAGUUCUGCUAAAACGUGUGCCUCUCCUUAACACUGGUUUACGUCUCUGUUGGUGUAGUUUGUGUUUAGUGACAUUUAACUUUCUUCCAAGAAUUGACACUCUCUCUUUCUAUACUGAGGCAAUGCUUUAAGUGACACAGUACUUUAAGAAGUGACGCAGAGUUUCAAGAAGUGACAGAAGUUUAAUUUAAAAAUUAAUACUUUACGUAUCUUUAAGAACUAAACCUCUACUUUCCAUUAAAAAGAUUACACCAAAACUGCAUGAGUGUACGUAUUAGUGGUAACAUAACUCUAAUCAUCAAUAGUAUUUUUGAUUAAUUGCCCCUUACUGUAUUUGUCACCUGAACUGAUGUGCAAUUAAUAAAAUAAAAUAUGUA